CUCAAUGACUUUGAUAUGGACAGCUCUAGUGUUUUGUCUAUUUACAUAUGCCUUGUAUGAGCUGAUAAACAUUCACAAGAGGAAAAAGUUUCCUCCAGGUCCAAAAGGGCUUCCUUUUUUAGGACAUCUUCAUUUGUUAGGCAAAAAUCCACACCAAGAUUUACAAAAACUAGCCAACAAACAUGGUCCUAUUAUGUAUGUCCGAUUGGGACUAGUACCUACAAUCAUUGCCUCGUCUGCUGAUGCAGCUGAAAAGGUCCUCAAGACAUAUGAUCACAUAUUUGCUACUAGGCCUCAUCAUGAGGCAUCUCAAUAUUUGUCUUAUGGACAGAAGAAUUUGAUAUUUGCAAAGUAUGGUGUGUAUUGGCGUAACAUGCGCAAAUUGUGCACUGUGCACCUUUUGAGCAAUAACAAGAUCAAUUCAUUUCAAUCCAUCAGAAAACAAGAAGUUGAACUUCUUAUUGAGUCGCUUAAAAAGGAAGCUCAUGAUCGUGUAGUUGUUGAUCUUAGUGCAAAGAUUACGUCCUUGAGUGCUAACUUGACUUGUUUAAUGGUGUUUGGAAAGAAGUACAUGGAUGAGGACUUGGACAAGAGGGGAUUCAAAUCUGUUGUUCAAGAUGUUGUGCAUUUAGCAGCAACGCCAAAUCUUGGUGAUUUUUUCCCCUUCCUUGGUGCUAUUGAUCUCCAGGGUCUCACUCGCAAGCUCAAGGAUCUUUCGAAGGUGUUUGAUGAGUUCCUUGAGAAGAUUAUUGAUGAACAUGUUCAUUCACACGACCAGAAGCAAACCAAGGACUUUGUGGACACCAUGAUGGGCAUAAUGCAAUCUGGAGAAGCGGAAUUUCAGUUUGACCGUCGUCACAUAAAAGCUAUCCUCUUUGACAUGCUUAUAGCUGCAAUGGACACUACAGCAUCAUCAACGUUAUGGAUACUCACAGAACUUCUUAGACAUCCCCAAGAAGUUAGAAAUAAGAAUAAGUUGUCAGAAAAGGAACGAUUCUUCUAUGAAAUGAAUUAA